AUUCCAAAGCUUAUUGGCGCGGUUUUCGUUAAACCAUACGUGGGGAGACUGAAAUGGCAAGUGGUUGUGGAGAUUGUGGUAGCGUUCGACCACAAAAUACUUUAUUUGGUCGUUUAAAGUCUGACUAUGUCAAUACUGCUAUGUACUUUGCUCGUUUGGGAACACUGUUCUGCUGUGUCGUAUUCUUCUUUGCUCCGAUUUUUCCUCGUUUGCAUCCGUCAGAUCUGGAGGUUUGGUACCGAAGAGCAUUAUUAGCAAGUGCGGCGACUUCAGCCCUACGUUUGCAUCAACGAAUAAAAAGUUUAAAUACAGGUUUCUCUCGAGAAGUCCUAGAGGUCCUAAUAUCUGAGGAUUCUUCCCACUACUUACUGUUUUCCAUCAUGUUUGCUGUAUUGCCACCAGUUACAGUUUCCUUGGUGCCGAUCUUCUUAUUCGCCCUUUUACAUGUGGCUAGCUUCACGAGGGUUCUUUUAAAUGCAUCUGUUUCUCUGAAUAGUGGCGGGACGAGUGAUGGUUCGGAUGCUCCAGUUGGUUCAUCAAAUAUGUCAUAUGUACAUCAUAUACUACAGAAAUUGAUUGUUAAAGUGAAUACCCAUGAUCAAAAUAUCUUACGUAUAAUUGCCUUAAAUGAAAUCAUGUUGAUGGUAAUCUGUGUAUUUAUGGCUGUUUCCGGACCUAGAAUUUUUGUCCUUCCCUUUAUUUAUUAUCCAUUCUUGAAAAUGCGUUAUAAUUCAAGGCGUAAUCCUUAUGCUCGUAACGCAUUUUCGGAACUGCGUAUAGCACUUCAGAAUGUAGCUUAUCAUACUAAGUGUCCAGCACUUAUUUCUCGCAUAAUUUAUGGUCUCAUCAAUAUUGUAUCUCGUUUGGGGACAAGUGGUUACGCUAGAAACUAGGUGAGGAUCUACCUGCUCGUGUUGUCUUUUUGUUUUUCUAAACACUUUACUCGUCACUAGUCAGUUUAGUGUCUUUUCUUCCAAAAAUUUCCCUCAGGUCGUCUAUUUGUUACGUUGUCAUUGGAUUGUCUUGGUUAUUCAAUAUAAACAUCGAUCAACUACCACUUGAAUGAAUAUUCAAAUGAGUUCAUCUUCAUUUUUAUAAUCUACUUUUAUUUGAUCAUUCAUUUUACUACUUAUUUGUCCUUUCUAUCCUCGAUAUAAAGUAACUUCGACAAUUGAUAUAUAUACAUAUGAUUUUUGUGUAGUUCCACAAUCUAUUAUAUACGAAAUUGUACUCAGUCGUUGUGGUUAGUAUGACAUUUGGAUCUUUCAGUUAACAUUAUAUCUGUAAAUUUACAUAUUAUACUCUUUGCUGCAACUUUCUAAGUAGUACUUAAUGGUUUUCGUUGUCAUUUAAGGAAACCCAAUGUAGAGUAAAACACUUCUAAAAUUUUGGGUCAUUUCGUUUUUCAUGUUCAUGGUCUCAUUCUCUUCAACAGUCUUUUCACUCGUUCUGUGCUCCUCUCAGACUUAUAAGUACCUCUUUUUCACUUUGUCAAAUGGCCGUUUGUUCUACGGAUAUCAGUUACAGUCGAAAUGAUGAAAUGAUUUAGUCGUUAAAUUGUUGUCGUGUCGUUCAAAUUCAACUUGUAAAAAAUAUGCUUUUUGAAUG